AGCCGCAAAGAAGCGCGUUCAGAAAAACGAUUACAUGCACCUCAACAGACUUGACUGGCAAACAUAUAAGCGAGCCGUUCUACGUAUGACAGCUACAUGCAAUGUUUCAUUAUAGUGGAUGUGACACCGUUGGAUGUGCGUUAGCUGCGGUGCAGAAGGAAGUGAUGCGAGACAUUAACCUCAAGAGGACGUGCUAUUCUGCACUGCUGCUCUUGGGGUGAAUUUAUGUAACAUCUUAUUCACACAGGCUGGAUCGCUGGCUUAUCAGCUCACAGCAGCUUCUGUCAGGGCUCCUUGGCGAAGCGACUAUCAGAACGAACACACACCACUGUCACUAUAGGAAACUCACCCCUGUCUUUUCCCUUAGUCUGUUGUCAUCGUGAGGGAUUGUUCUGAGCCACAUUCACCAAAUUCAAAUGGACUCUCCAGGUGGAAAAGAUGUCGAAGCAAACCAAACAGGAAGUGAGGCGAUGGAACUUCCUGUGCUGACUCAACCUGGCCUCGGGGAGACCACGACGACGGUGACCACUAUCACUCAAACAGGGGGAGACUGGAGCUCAGGACUGUUUGACGUGUGUAGUGACGCCAGCACAUGUCUGAUGGGUGCGUUUGUGCCAUGUUGUUUGGACCUGAGCCUGGCUCAUCAGUAUGGAGAAUGUGUGUGUUUGCCUCUUCUGCCUGGCUCCACGUUCGCCAUGAGAGUGGGCAUUAGAGAGCGGUUUAAAAUCAGGGGCAGUGUGUGUGAGGACUGGACUACGGUUUAUUGCUGCUACCCUCUGGCCCUCUGUCAAAUGAUCAGAGAGAUGAAGAAGAGGCUGAAGACACAGAUCUACACCGUUUCUACCCUGCUGGAGAGCUCCUGAGACACUGUGCGUGUGUGUGCAUGGCCCCGAUUUUCUUCUCAUCCGUGUUUUUGGCGAUGCUAAAAGACUGAGGGGCCGUCUCAGCUGUCAGGAUGUUUAUUACCCGGGGUCCUGAACUUCACGCAGGGUUAGACGUAUCAGUAGACUCUGCUUGAAGAUUGAUGCCGCUGACAUUUCCAACUGACGGAGAGAUGGAGUGACAGAUGGGUGGAGAGACGGAUGAGUGGAGAAGAGGCUCCUGAUGUAUACUGGCACUGUCUAUAUGCUUUCAUUUCAGAUUGCUCUCUCACGGUAUAGAACAUAUGCAGGUUUUGCUAUUUGAAUUCACUUUUGCCACUAUUUUUAAUUGUCUUUCAAAUUCAGAGUCAAAACUGAUUUGACAUCUAAUCACUUGUUUUAUCCAAAAUAAAGUGUGUUUUAAAAAAAAAAAACUAGAUUUAAUGUUAUACAUCAUUUUUGUAUUUAGCACAUUUUGUUUAAUUUCUAAUCCAACAAAUGGCUUAUACAGG